UUGUGUAUCGCCACCUCGUUCGGCGUGUAGAAGCUUGGCCGCCCCAAUUUCCCCAUUUCGGCCGACAAAACUCGCGAAAAGACGACGAAAUACACGGACCGAGGAUCGCGAAGCUUCCUGGUUGCCAAGAGAGACCAGGACCACAAUGCCUUGCGAUCUUACUGAACUCACGCCGAUUCUCGGAGGUUCUCGUGAGAACUGUCAUGGCGGAGGGGAAACCGGAAGAAAUGAGGUUUGAUGCAGAUACACAAGAAAGCGAGGGCCGGCGGAAACUCCGUAGCUGGCUGAACAAGAGUCUGCGUGUGAGCAUGACAGAUGGGAGGACUCUGAUCGGGGUCUUCCUCUGUACAGACAGGGACAAAAACGUUAUUCUGGGGUCAUGUCAGGAGUACAUACAAGAUCCAGAUAGCACAUCAGGUGAUGAUCCCCGGGUGCUGGGACUGGCCAUGGUUCCUGGACAUCAUAUCCUAAAAAUAGAAUAUGAUGACAUCACAGCCAACCAGAUCAUGUGAUCCAUCUUCCCAACAUUCCAUCGCCAGGCCUGUGUGUGUGUUUUGAAGCACACAAGAAGGGCAAAACAAUUGGUGACACUACAUGCAAUGCAUCAGCUAGCUUGUCCUGAACAUCAUGGGCAAGAAGACUUGAAGAAUGAGAAGAGCUGACAUACAGGAUGUAUUUUUGUACCAGGACUGCUAAAAGCGUACAAGAUCUCCAGUUGCUGAAAACCAGUACUUUGGCUUGUACACUUGAAGGCGACAUGAUACAAGCCCUUCUUGUCUGAGUC